AUGUCGGAACAAGAAGGACCAUCGCCAGAGGAGGCCGUACCACAACAAGAAGAGCAGUUGCAACAGGAAUUGCCCGUCGACUGGCCCGAGAACAUCGAGUACCUGCGCCGUCCCAAAAUCUCUCCGGCCGUACCUGCCAUUGCUCUCAAGAUCCUCAACACUCCGACUGCUGCCACAGCAACCCUCACUCGCUUCUCUGCCGACGCCUUGUCCUUUCCUAACCCUGAAGUGCGCAUCGUCCCUCUUAAUGAUCCCGACCAUCCCGCCAAUGGCCAAUUCGGUCUCGCUGCUAUGAAGCACUUCCAUCCUGGCAACUUCAUCCUACCAUACAUUGGUCGUCUGCACACCAACAAGCCCGAAGACACCGACCCCGAUUCCGAGUACGACAUAUCCGUCGAUCGAGACCUUGACCUCGCUCAAGAUGCUGCAAAAUCCGGCAACGAAGCUCGUUUCAUCAACGACUACCGUGGCAUAGCCGAUGCUCCCAAUGCUGAGUUUCGCGACAUCUGGGUCCAGACUGCCGAACGAAAGUGGGAGCGCUGGAUCGGUAUCUUUACAGUUACCACGGGCAAGUCUGGCAUGAGAAAAAAUGGCAUCAGACCAGGAGAGGAGAUUCUUGUCAGUUACGGCAAAGGUUUCUGGAAAGACAAGAAGGAUGGAUGGGUUCCGCCGAAGAAGAAGUAUCCUGAACGGGAGAACCAUGGAAACAUAAGAAGAGCCCGUGUCCGGAAGUGA